AUGAUCAAGAAGUACUGGGCUUACAUGUGGAUGGAGAGCGUUCCUCUCGAGAAGAUCGGUAUCUGCCGCAUGGGUGCCGAGAAGAAGGGUGAUGAUGAGGAAUACCCACUCUUCACUAUGCGGUGGCUUACUACCACUUUGAUAUGGCUAUUUGCCACUUCGACGUUCGCGUUUCCCUUCGAGAAACACAGCAGUCGUGAACUCACCCUCGAGGUUGAGCGCAGCUCUGAGCCAGCCCUCAAGCGAUACACCGAUACCUAUUACAGCGAAAAAACGGUAAUCCCUUCUCUGAGAAAGCACUCUUUGAUCACUCGAGCCAUCGCAGAUGGGCAUUUCACAAGGGAAGAGUUGGAUUGGCUUUCCCAGAAGUCGCUCACGGACGUUGACACUGCCGGUCUCAAGGAUACAACUGCUGCCCUCAAGGACCUCUUUGGCAAGAACGACAUCCCUUGGGUCAUCUCCGGUGGCUGGGCACUCAUUCUUUAUGGAGAGCCUGAUCGUAAUACGCCCGAUAUUGACAUCGUAGUUCAAAUCACAAUGCCUGAGCUCAAGAAGCUCCUUGAGGCAGAUGGAAGAUUUGUGAUUCCUGCGGAUGAUUGGUGGCCGGACGAUGCGCACCUGCAGGUCUAUUACCAAAGCCAGGGCAAAUAUUUCGAUGUGGAUAUGAUCAUAGCCGGCCAGAAAAACUCGGUGAAGGAAGUAGGCAGCAUCACACAAUUUGUUUCCACUACCCACGGUACAAAGGAACUUGCAAUUCCCGUGAUCCGAAUUGGGCCAAUUUUCAUUUCCAAAGUUUACGGCUUAGCCUCACCCAAGAGGAAGAAGCACGAGCAGGAUGUGAAAGAUAUCUCUUGGCUCAUCGACAAUCACCCAGACGACCUGGUCAACAUGCCAAAAGAUUUGCCUCUGGAUAAGCGACAGGUUGUGGUGGACUACCUUACCCGGUUCAAAUCAGCAUCGCUUCCGAAAGCCAAAGAGCUGCUCGAUCUCUAG